AUGUGCCCCUCAUCUCCCAGGGCCACACGUGGGGCUCCCGCGCCCCUCAGGGCCACACGCGGGCCCCCCGCACCCCUCAGGGGCCACACGCGGGCCCCCCGCGCCACUCAGGGCCCCACGCGGGCCCCCCGCGCCCCUCAGGGCCCCACGCGGGCCCCCCGCGCCCCUCAGGGCCACACAUGGGGCCCCCGCGCCCCUCAGGGCCACGCGCGGGCCCCCCGCGCCCCUCAGGGCCACACGCGGGCCCCCCGCGCCCCUCAGGGCCACACGCGGGCCCCCCGCGCCCCUCAGGGCCACACAUGGGGCCCCCGCGCCCCUCAGGGCCACACGCGGGCCAACCGCGCCCCUCAGAGCCCCACGCGGGCCCCCCGCGCCCCUCAGGGCCACACGCGGGCCCCCCGCGCCCCUCAGGGGCACACAUGGGGCCCCCGCGCCCCUCAGGGCCACGCGCGGGCCCCCCGCGCCCCCUCAGGGCCACGCGUGGGCCCCCCGCGCCCCCUCAGGGCCACGCGUGGGCCCCCCGCGCCCCCUCAGGGCCACGCGUGGGGCCCCCGCGCCCCUCAGGGCCACACGCGGGCCAACCGCGCCCCUCAGGGCCCCACGCGGGCCCCCCGCGCCCCUCAGGGCCCCACGCGGGCCCCCCGCGCCCCUCAGGGCCACACGCGGGCCCCCCGCGCCCCUCAGGGCCACACGCGGGCCCCCCGCGCCCCUCAGGGCCACACAUGGGGCCCCCGCGCCCCUCAGGGCCACACGCGGGCCCCCCGCGCCCCUCAGGGCCACACGCGGGCCCCCCCGCGCCCCUCAGGGCCACUCAUAUGGACCCCCGCGCCCCUCAGGGCCACACAUAUGGACCCCCGCGCCCCUCAGGGCCACACGUGGGCCCCCCGAGCCCCUCAGGGCCACACGUGGGCCCCCCGCGCCCCUCAGGGCCACACGUGGGCCCCCCGCGCCCCUCAGGGCCACACGCGAGCCCCCCGCGCCUCAGGCGAAUGUGAGAGUGAUGACCCAGGCAAGGCGCCCUAUCCACCAUAUGGCCGCACCCACACGACCCUAUCAACCCUAAACCACACCAAGCCACUCAUUACAGUUCCGCCCACCUUUAGCCAAGUGGAACUUAAAGAAAAUGUAAUAUAA